AUGUCAAUCAAGGAUACAUUAACGAAUCUGAAGGCAGAAUGGCCGAAAAUGCAAGAAGAUUACGAACCGGAAUUGUGGGAAAAUAUUUAUCAAGAGAAACACGCGAAGUCUUUUUUCGAAUCAGUGGACUUGCUUCGAAAAAUUGAAAACUUGAGCGAACAAGAAGCUGAGAGGAAGCUCCUGGAUAUUCUCAUCAAAGUUACAUUCAUUGAAACAAGUUUAACGAUUCACGGUAAACAAGAUGCGGAAACGCUAUUUGAUAACCUCAAGAAAGCUCAAAAUGACAAACCAAAUAUUCCAUUCUCAUCCGCCGAAGACGUGAAGUCGUUCUGUGAUUCUAUGAAAAUAAUCUUCCGCAAAGAUAUGGCCCACCGGUACAGAAAUACGGGAGUACAAUCGAGAAGAUUCGUUCAAGAGAUGAGGAAACGACUCGAACUCGGUGACGUCAUAAAGGAGGCUAAUUUUGAUGAUAUUGUCCAAGACUUCCGCAGCACAAUUGUUAACAAGUACUGUCAAAAAUUCGCGGAGAAGGAAGCUGGGCUUGAUUUCUCUACACUAUACCAUUUUUCGAAAGCAGUGAAUGGUUUCAAGUUUGACAUGGAACAAGAUCGUCUUUUCUUGGAUGAAGAGGCCUCCGAUUGCAUUUCUCUCCUACUUCCAAUCUUCACAGACACCAUAAACUCGCAGCACGCCUUCAAAUUGGACGCAUCUCGACAUGUCUCAGGUUUCUUCACUCUUCAAGAGACAUGUUACCCUGAACGUUCGCAAUAUUUCAUGCUCAGUGAUGAGCUCUUCCAAAUCGAGGCAGCUUUAUACCGCAAAAACCUUAGUAACAAAGAGAAUAACCAGGCAUUUGGUACAGUUAUCUCAGGGUCUGGGCGAAUCCUGCCAAACCACCCGUCUCAACAAAUCGAAAUCUUUGAACUGGAACUAUAUCCUUUCAGUUUCCUGAACAAUUUGGUCACUGAAAACGCCGGAAAGACAUUAGUCAAAGGAAUCAAGUACCCAUCAAACGCAAACACAGUCAACGGUUUCUUAACAUCACUGGAAUCGACAUUCAGUUCGCGUUUGCUUAAAAGACUCUCUGCCUGA